GCUCCAGCGGGGGGAGAUCUCAGCGCAGGUGUCCUUGGUUCCUUUUUUAUUUUUUAUUUCCUCCUGACACCUCGGAAGACAGGACCCGACCGUAAGUAGCCUAAGACUGUUGAGGAGGAAUCAAAGCUGAUAAAAUAAUAAAUGUUUGAUCUGCCAUGAAAUCCGAGCAGGAGCAGCGAGAGGAGAAAGAUAGGCUCGUCUGGAUGAGAGACCCCCGCUGGGUGAAGACACGCAGCGUAUGUUAGCUGAGCCGUGAAAGCUCGCUGCCAUUGACUGGAGCUGAGGGCUGAAAUGGGAGCAAAGCGAUGAAAGGCGAGCGCAGGAGACUGAGCAUCCUCGCGCACGGCGUCGCAUCACUGAUCAUUUCGAGGUAUUAUACAUCAUUUACAGAUCCGCGAUAGUCGCCACUGUGUGGACAUCGUCUGUCGAUGCUGACAGGUUGAACGGCGGCAUUUAUGGUCGCCAGGCAAAUUCCAUUUUUCCCUCUGCAGAUGUGCGCUGCGAGAAGAAUAAGGCCUGUGAAGGGAUUAAUCGCUUAUCACGAUGAACAGCAUCUCAAGCAUCACACCACGGAUGAGUCGACUGUUUUCACAUGUAAUGGCUGAUGUUUAGAUGAGACAUGCAUGUUGAAUCCUGCACCUGAAUAAGGACAUCCAUUGUUUUGACAUCCUGAAAAGCAAACAAACCCGAGCUGGUUUUCUCUCCUGACAUUCUGCUAAAGCAAGAUGGGACUAACCUGACUGUGUGUCAACACUCUGCCUGGGUGUGAGUCCACACAUGCACCCACUAGCUCUGGUGUUGGGUGAACAAUGCCAAGCUCUCAGGCGCCCGAUGUGGGCACGAAUUUCACUGACAUUCCCUGGGAGCCUGGUUUCACCGGCUCCAGUCAUGACCAGCUGUGGUCCUCCACCGUUAACAGCGUGUUGAAGAUGGUGUUCAUAUCUCUCAUUGUGUGCGUGUCCUUGUUUGGGAAUGUGGUGGUUCUGCUGGUGUUCCAGAGGAAGCCUCAGCUCCUUCAUGUGGCCAACCGCUUCGUCCUCAACCUCCUCUUGGCAGACCUUCUCCAGACCAUACUAGUCAUGCCCUUUGCCAUCGCAGCCACCGUGCCAGGUGUGUGGCCCCUGGACGCCCGACUGUGCCAGGCUCUGGUGGUGCUCAUGCACCUUUUCGCAUUUGCAGGGGUCAACACCAUUAUAGUUGUCUCAGUGGAUCGCUACCUGGCCAUCAUCCACCCUCUGUCCUAUCCCACCCGCAUGACCCCUCACCUGGGCACCAACCUCAUCAUCUGCACCUGGGUGCUCAGUUUCCUGCAGAGCACGCCUCCUCUCUACGGCUGGGGGGCCAUUGACUUUGACCGCCAUCACAACGUGUGCUCGGUGGUGUGGUCCUCCAGCCUGUCCUACUCUGCUGUGGUGUCCACCUUCUCCUUCUGGCUGCCUGUGCUCAUCAUGCUCGGAUGUUACUGGAUGGUGUUCAGAGCGGCUCGGAGGCAGAACGCACUUGUGCACCCCAUACAGACACAGUCCUACUCCCAGCCCUGCCCGCAGGACUUCCAGGGACCUAGCAGUCCACAGCCCCAGCCCCAGCCCCAGCAGGCCAGCUCACCUGACGGCCCCUACUCAGCCAGGGGGUACCCUGUUCGAGUUCGACAGAGACGCUUCCACUACCACUGCAAGGCUGCUCGUGUAGUUUUCGUGAUCAUGGCCUCGUAUAUCCUCAGCAUGGGGCCUUACAGUAUACUGAACACUAUAUCUAUGAGUGCCAGAGCAGCCGUCCCGCCCUGGCUGUCCUCCCUUGCCCUUGUGCUCUUCUUUUUGCAGUGCUGCCUCCACCCAUACAUUUACGGUUACAUGCAUCGCAGUGUGAGGAAGGAGUUCCUCGCCCUGCUCUGUGGCUUGUUCUGCAAACAGGGCCGCCCCAGCCAGAGCUCUGCGGUGGAGAGCUGCUUCACAACUACAGAGGGACGAUUAGGUGCUCACUCUCACCUGCCCAGCCUGACUGCAAGAGUCUUCCCUCUGCGGACAUGGGAAGAGUGCACGACAUCCUCCUCUCCCACUUUCGAGAGGAAGUCGAGGGACAGUCGUAAAGAGACCACGUCCACCAGCGUCAGCUCUGAGAGGGAGCUCACAGUCCACAGCAAACGAAGCACAUGAACCGCUUCAUCGGAAAGACCAUGUUUGCUCUUAGUUGAUGAGCUUGUCACACAGUGUGUUCACACAUAAGCUAAUAUGCCUUCUUAACAACAGGGUCAUUCAUUCUGAAGUUGCCGGCAUUAGGAAUAUGGUUGAU